AUGUUUAGGAAUCUUCUACUUGUAUACUGGUAUUUUGAAUUCCUAACAAUCUUCUCCACCUUGAAUUACUUGUCAUCCUGAAUUCCUAACAACCUUAUUUCAAUCUUCCGUUUUCUUCCAUUUUGAAAAACAGGCUAUGGGUUUCUCCGAAGUAUUCUGCAUCUUGGGAUGGCUUGCCAUAUCAUUGUCAAAGGUUGGUUGGUGGCUUUACGUGGGAAGAUUUUUGGUAGGAUGUGGAAUGGGCCUUCUAUCUUAUGUGGUACCAGUUUAUGUGGCAGAAAUAACACCCAAGAAUCUCCGAGGGGGAUUCACCACAGUUCAUCAGUUAAUGAUUUGUUGUGGGGUAUCAUUAACUUAUCUUAUUGGAUCGUUCUUAAAUUGGAGGAUUUUGGCUCUAAUAGGAACUAUUCCGUGUCUCGUACAACUUUUGGGUCUAUUCUUCAUUCCCGAAUCUCCUAGGUGGCUGGCAAAAUUUGGUCACUGGGAAACGAGUGAAUCUGUUCUACAGCGUCUUAGAGGAAAGAAUGCUGAUGUUUCUCAAGAGGCCACUGAAAUUAGAGAUUUUACCGAAGCCCUUCAGACCAAAACAGAAGCUACCAUUUUUGGCUUAUUUCAGUUGCAGUAUUUGAAGUCACUUACUGUAGGAGUUGGUCUGAUGAUACUGCAACAGUUUGGAGGGGUUAACGGCAUUGCUUUUUAUGCAAGUUCUAUAUUCAUCUCUGCGGGAUUUUCGGGAAGUAUUGGAAUGAUAGCAAUGGUUGCAGUUCAGAUCCCAAUGACAGCUCUGGGAGUGCUUUUGAUGGAUAAAUCUGGUAGACGACCACUUCUGCUGGUUUCUGCUUCGGGAACAUGCUUAGGAUGCUUCCUUGCAGCCCUAUCAUUCUUCUUGCAGGACCUACAUAAAUGGAAGGAAGUCAGUCCCAUUCUGGCACUUGUCGGUGUACUGGUAUAUACAGGAUCAUUCUCUCUUGGCAUGGGAGGAAUCCCCUGGGUUAUAAUGUCUGAGAUAUUUCCCAUUAAUGUGAAGGGCUCUGCAGGAAGUCUUGUGACUUUGGUUAGCUGGUUGUGUUCUUGGAUCGUGUCAUAUGCUUUUAACUUUCUCAUGAGUUGGAGUUCCGCAGGAACUUUCUUCAUCUUCUCUGCCAUAUGUGGCUUCACUGUUCUGUUCGUGGCAAAACUAGUGCCAGAGACGAAGGGGCGUACGCUAGAAGAAAUUCAAGCAUCCCUCAAGAGAUGAAU